GAUGAAAACCUGAGCUACUGAUGUCACGCGACAGUCGUUUCUAAAUAUGGAAGCGAGUCACGUUGGUAUGGAUCAUGCCUACCACGCUGGUAUGGAUCAAGCCAACCAUGUUGAUAUAGGCCAUAUGAAUAACAUGGUUGACAUGCAACUGCCACCAUCAGAAUCAAAAAUGCAGUCGUCGCAUUCUUACAGCGGUGAUCACUCCUCAAUGAUGAUGCAGAUGUGGUUCACCGCGUCCGCCUCAACUACAAUUCUGUUCAAAGACUGGAAAACUGAAGAAACAUGGCAAAUUCUGCUCUCUUGUUUCUUUUGGUUUAUCAUCGCAUUCCUGUAUGAAGUCUUAAAAGCAGUGCGACAGGAGAUCAUAAUCAGAGAUAUCAGCAAUAAAAAGUGCACUCUCCCGGUGAGCAGUGCAGCCGGGAAUUUAGACGAGAACACUAUCAACCACUUGAACCACUGUACCGAAAAUGCCAAUGGGACAGGACCUCUAGUGAUGCAGACUGCAGCACAGGUUGAACCAUGUCCAUGUAUAGAAGCUAGCAGGAGUCGAAUGUCUCAUCCAGCGGCCCAGGAACUAGUCGAGAUUCAGAUGAUACCUCCUCAUGGAUUCAUGGCCACAAGUUGGAGGUAUCAGAUGUUCUCCAAGUGCCACCUGAUUCAAACUGGACUCCAUGUAGUGCAGAUGGCACUCAGCUACAUCCUCAUGUUGGUGGUGAUGACAUUCAACGUCUGGCUAUUCCUCGCUGUCAUCCUCGGCUUCGGAGCUGGAUAUUUCGUCUGUGGCUGGUGGCAUUGCGGACCUGUCGUAGAUCCCAACGAACAUUGUCACUAGAAUGUUCUAGAAGGAUCACCAGCUAACAUAAAUCUAAGACUCUACAAGAAUGGUCUAGAACUGAAAUACACAUCUUUGAAGUGCAUAUUAUGACGUCAUCGACUCAGAGUGCUCCGACAAUGCUCAAAGAUAUUAUCCUAAUAGCCGUAUCCUAAAUUUUGAUAUCCGGAAAAGCAAACAUAUAUUUUUGAUGUUUUUCUUGCUCGUAGAAGUAGAAGUAUAUAUGAUGCGAUGAACAUAGUUUUGCUGUGGAAUUCUCAUGCAGUUUGCGGACCAAAUUCGUUGCUUGAAAUGGCGCUGCCAAUUUGUAAUGUCAAAGGCUUUUUUUAUUGUUUCGUUUGCAUGCUGGUCCAUUUUGCUUCAUAAAAUGGAUCCAAUGUUAUGAAAUUUCCCCCUUUGAAAAAUUAACCCGUUGCUUAUAAUAGGGUUUGCAAUACUUUUCCACCCUAGCAAUCUCUGUACAUAGCUAUUGAUAAUAUGCCAGAAUAUUGCAAUAUAAUUUUUGCUAUUU